AUGGCAGCCUCUAACGGAUUAUCAAGACGGCGACAGCAGAGAACUACAAGAGAUUCUCCUGAGGAUGAUGGACAAACAGAGUUGCAAGAAACGGCGAGGCUGAGAGAUAGAGGAGGGAGUAAGAGGGAAAGAGAUCGAGAAUUAUUGAGUAGGAAUAAGCGGAGUAGAAGAGGAGGAGGAGGAGGAGGAGGAGGAGGAGAUAGGUUAGUACAAGGAGGUAAUAAAGAAGAAGGAGAAGAAACUACCGAAGAAAGCAUCGGUUAUGAAGAUGACUAUGAGAUUGAAGAUGGUGGAGUUUCUCGGUUGCGGCUGCCGCCGAGAGUUGUAAAACAAGUUCCCGGUUUUAGAGUCGCCGCUGAUGAAAUGAUUGGUGUCUCCGUACCUAGAAAGGCACGGUCAGCUUCUGUGAAGAGGUCACAUGAGAGUUGGGUAUCAGGAAAUGGUGGAUUUGGUAGUGAAGACAGGCGAGCUUCGAUUUCACCGGCGGCGAGUAGGAGUUUUGAGGCUGCAUCGCCGCCUUCAUCGAAUGUUUCAGUCAGAAAAAAGACGAAACCCAGUGGACCGAAGACUCGGCUUCCAAAAGUGUCGAAAUCUUCUGCUAGUUCAGGUCAGGAAGAUAUUGAGAUUGAGAUUGCAGAGUUUUUGUAUGGUUUAAAGAAGCAAUCACACGGGUCUGAGAAGGGGGACAAGUCUGAAAAUGCUUUGCAGAAGCUUGAUUCAAUGGAUGCUAAUGAUUCAAAGUCAUCUCCAAAUUCAAACUUUGCUCAGACGUCGUUAUCGAACCAAAAUAAUGCCUCUGUUUCUGAUUCUUUACUUGGUUUGGGUGAGUUUAUUUAG